GUUUAUAUCAACGGCAGGAUAUUUGGCAAACGACUACAGGUGCUCCGCUCUUCAAAGAGUCGAGUACGAAGAGACAGUUUUGCCUGUUUGCUAACCGUGGUUGACGCAUUUUUCCUUUUCCAUCAAAAUCUAAAAUUGAAACUCCGCGACGAAGAAACAUCAUUCACGUCGAUCGCGCCUAGUGUGGACCAUGCAAAAGAACAUCUAAAUCUUUUUUUUUUAAUUUUUUUACUCAUUCAUAAAAGGAAGAUCACCACGUGAACGAGAUCAGUGCCAAUUUCCUAAAUUAGUGACCGGGAAAGUUCGAAGGAAAAGUCCACGAUGACCACAGAUGUAAAACAGACUGUUAUCAAAAAUCCAACAUGGUGGAGAAAGAGGACUAGUUUAGAAAAAUAUUUGACCCUGAUAGCUGCAAUUGUUUUUAUUCUGGCAAUUGCGUUGGUAAUUGCGCUCGGGAUAGUUCUUUACCAAAGUAACCAAGAUAAUGAUGGAGAGGAUUUACCCUAUGGAUACGAAGCCCUCCAUAGUAAUCAUGAACCCGCAAUAAUAAGUGCUUUCCCAUCAUACGAUGAAACGUUUAGAGAAGUAUGCCUGGAACCAGGAUGUGUCCAUGCAGCGUCGAAGGUGCUUCAAGCAAUGGACACAUCAGUGGACCCUUGCGAAGACUUCUAUCAAUUUUCAUGUGGAAACUUUGUUAGGAGUACAACAAUACCGGAUGACAAAUCAUCUGUUACCUCGUUCAGUUUAAUAAGCGACAUGUUGCAAGAACAGCUUCAUGUCAUGAUAGAAGAACCUAUCAAACCAGGCGAUCUGAAACCUUUUGGUUUGAUGAAAAAAUUGUACAGGGCCUGUAUGAAUAAGACUGCGAUAGAAGAAGAAGGAUUAGACGUUGUGAAGGACAUUUUUAAAGAGAUCGGAGGGUGGCCUGUUCUAGAAGGAGAUAACUGGAACGAAGAACAAUUCGAUUGGAAAGAACUGGUUUAUAAAUUUAGGAAAACUGGAUACAGUAUUGAUUACUUUAUCGACUUUUCGAUUGGCAUUGAUCUUAAGAACUCUACAAAACGUAUAAUUGAUCUGGAUCAAGGAGCUUUAGGAUUACGAAGGGAGUUUCUUAUAAAAGGAUUGGAAGAUAAACUUGUUCGUGCUUACUAUAACUACAUGGUCGAUAUUUCUGUUAUGUUCGGUGCCGAUAAAGAAAGAGCGAAAAAAGAACUAGAAGAUUCAUUGAACUUCGAAAUACAAUUAGCCAAUAUAUCUUUGCCAAGUGAAAAACGACGAAAUGCUUCAGCUCUUUAUAACCCGAUGACUGUUGCCCAACUACAAAAUAAUUAUCCAGAAAUACCAUGGUUAGAGUACAUAAAUAAAGUAAUUGAUUUGCCAGAGAUUGCAGUUGAUGAAAAUGAAGUAGUUAUCGUCAGCGUGCCUGGCUAUAUCUCUGAUCUUAUCAGACUGUUAAAGAAAACACCCAAAAGGGUUCAAGCCAAUUAUGCCUUGUGGAGAGCAGCAGCAUCUUCUGUCGCAUACUUAACAGAUGAUGUACGAAGAAGACAAUUGGAAUACAGUACCGUAUUAAGUGGAAGAACUGAAAGGGAAUCAAGAUGGAAAGAAUGCGUGGACGUUGCAACAGGAAGCUUGUCGAUUGCCGCGGGAGCCCUAUACGUGCGUAAAUAUUUCCACGAAGACGCCAAAAAGCACGCCCUCGAAAUGGUCAACGAUAUCAGGGGAGAAUUUCAAGAAAUCUUAUCAAACGUCGACUGGAUGGACGAAGAAACGCGAAAGAAUGCUUUGGACAAAGCCAAGUCUAUGACCACCCAUAUCGCAUACCCCGACGAGUUGUUAGAUGACAAAAAGAUUUUAGAAUUUUACGGGGAUCUGGAACUUAGUUCUGAAGAAUACUUAAAAUCCAUAAUAAACAUCACCCUGUUUGGAACAGCAUAUUCUUUCCGCCGUUUACGUCAACCUGUUAAUAAAACUGACUGGAUCACUCACGGAAGACCUGCUAUCGUCAAUGCAUUCUAUUCAUCCAUUGAAAAUAGUAUCCAGUUUCCUGCAGGAAUCUUGCAAGGGGUCUUCUUUAGCAAGGAUAGGCCACGCUACAUGAACUAUGGGGCAAUUGGAUUUGUUAUAGGUCACGAAAUUACACAUGGUUUCGACGAUCAGGGGAGACAGUUUGACAAGAGCGGUAAUUUGGUAGAUUGGUGGGCCCCCAACACGAAGACAGCUUUCAUCAAGAAGGCCCAGUGCAUCAUUGAUCAAUAUGGCAACUACACCAUCCCAGAACUGAAGCUCAACCUUAAUGGAAUAAACACGCAAGGAGAAAACAUAGCGGACAAUGGCGGCAUUAAAACUGCUUACUUAGCAUACACGAAAUGGCUGGACCGGAACGGGGAAGAGCCGCGGCUGCCAAGUAUGAAUUUCACCGGCAAACAAAUGUUCUGGAUAUCGGCUGCUAAUAUCUGGUGUUCUGUAACGCGGUUAGAAGAACUGCGACAAUUAGUUAUCACUGAUGAACAUGCACCUGACAUUUUUAGAGUCAUAGGUCCUUUUAGUAACAUGAAAGAGUUCGCUAACGACUUCAAUUGUACAGCCAAAACGAAAAUGAACCCCAUUAAUAAAUGUAGUGUGUGGUAGUUUAGAAAGUAGUGGUUGCGGGGGUUAAAAAAAUAACCAGUAGAAAACGGUUCAAACGAGUAUAGUAGCUCAUGUAUAAACAGAAGAUCAGUAUUAUUUUUAUUUGUUUUUUAUGACGUAGUUAACAUUAGUUAAUAUUAACUGAUUAACAACACUGACAACACACGAAGGUAGUACGACAAUAUUUAAGCUUCUUUUCAAUUUUUUUUUUUAAAUAUUAAAAACAUUUAAUUUUAUAAAAAUUAGGUCCUAAAAACUUCGAAAUAUUACUCUCAUUAAAAGGCAGGUUUGAAAAUGACAAAAUUUACCCAAUUUCGAUCUAUUUCAUUGAAUCAGUAAGAAGGAAACGUUUUUAAUAAAUUAACCGCAAAUAUCAUUCAUAUAAAAUGCUUAAGAAAACCAAUACAAUUAUAUAUCAUAGUAAGAUAAUUUUUGAUACAAGAACCUUGAAAGCUAAAGGAAAUUUUUAAAAUGACUCACCGGUGUCGAACGCUGCUCCUGAUCAAUGUCCUGGAAUUGUUGCUCGAUCCCAGAAUUGUUCCUCGAUCUGUAAAACAAAAAUUUACGUUUUAGAUAUUUAUUCAUUUGAUAACCAUGUGAUAUUAAUUUUAAGUUUAGGUAAACUGAAAUUAAAACUAUUAAAUAUUAGGACCAAACAAAAGUAUUUACUUUUCCAUAUUAACAUUAAUUGACACAACAAGUUUAAAUAUUGUCUAUCUCGACUUCGUAUGUUGUCUCAAAAGUUUUACUUUUUUAAUUUUGUUAAAAAAUCAUCGAAAACUGUGAUGUAAAUACGUAAAAUUGGAAUAUUGUUCUUGCCCAGGUCGUAUAUAAGGUUUGACAUAAUACGUAUCUAUCAUACAGUAAAUAUUAAGUUAAUAUUAA